AUGGCAACAACAAUACCAAUACGCAUCUCACCAACUACCUUAAAACUCUUCCCUUCAACCAACACUCUAUUUUCCAUUCACACCAACAAAUUCAUCACCACCACCAACAACAGAACCAAGUUAUUACUCCUAUGUUUAAGUUCAAAAAACGGAACAGAGUGUCCUGUUCCACUAGAACAACAGCCCAUAAACGAGUACCAGUCCUUGUCAACCUCGUUUCCCUUUUCAUGGGCUGCCGGUGACGUCGUUGAAUACGGCUCCCGCCUCUUCGUUGUCGGGUUCUCCUUUGCUCUCUUUGUUGGCCUCCCUGUAGCUUGGUUCGGAACCGUUGGCGCCCAAUCCGAACCUGCCAAGAGGAUCGUGUGUGCUGCUUCGAGUGGGGUUUUGGCGGUUACGUUUGCGGUUGUUAGAAUGUAUCUGGGUUGGGCUUAUGUCGGUAAUCGCUUGCUCAGUGCCACCGUUGAAUAUGAGGAGACAGGGUGGUAUGAUGGUCAGAUAUGGGUGAAGACUGCUGAAGUCUUGACACGUGAUAGACUCUUGGGAUCAUUUUCUGUUAAGCCUGUACUUAGCAGAUUGAAAAUUACUCUAGUCGGUCUGGCAGCAUGCUUGGUGACAUGUGCUCUUAUCUUUGAGAACAUUGAUGAAAGUUAUCUAACAUCAAGAGAAACUGGAGUUCGAGCAAUACCUGGAGCUUACAACGAUGAAUCUGCAAGAUCAUUUGAACCAGAUGCAUUUUGUGGUGAGCCUGAUCUUCAAGAAUAG